UGGAAAACCUGGAGUUUCAUAUUAUGAACCGCCAGAGAAAGAAAAAUGAUGUUGAAGUGAAAAAGCAAAAUAAAAUAGACCCUAGAAAAGAUCUCGUCUAGAUCUAAGUCUAUUUAUUAAUUUAAAGAUUUUAUAGCUAUAAAAAUGAGUUCCUCUUCAAAGGUUGGUGAAAUUUUUACAGCUGCUGGAGCAGCCUUUACAAAAUUAGGAGACUUAACCAUGCAGUUGCAUCCUUCCUCUGAUCAAAGUGCUGGUGGCAUUGGGGGUAAGUGGACAGAACAAGAAAUUGAAAUGCUGAGAGGUGCAGUGAAACGUUUCGGUGAAGAUCUCAACAAAAUCAGUGAGGUCAUCAAAAGCAGAACAAUCUCUCAGAUUCGCACUCAGCUGAAACGCAAAGCUUAUGAAGAUGCUGGGCUACAGCCACCUAGCACAACUCCGGCCAAGGCAACCACAACGACCAAAGUAGUCACAAAACAGACAGUUGCAGCUGUGGCUGCUCAAGUGGCUGCUGAACCUCAAGCUAAAAAGCAAAAAACUUCAGAAGUAACAUUGAGUGCGUUAAAUGCCCCUGAAGGAGAUGUUGACAUUGAAGGCUUGGGAGAUUCCAGUAGUCAUAAAAAGUUGGAUUUUGAUUCUGAUGUUGAUUCAAGCAUGUUGUAGCAAAGGGACGUAAUGGUGUCUGGUGUUUUUUUUUUUUUAUUGACAAGAUUGUGCAGCUGACUGUAAAAAUAUUUUUGUUGGGUUGAAUGAAAAGAUGGCACUUGGUGUUUUAAUCAUUAUGUGUGUAAAAUGUUACCUGCUUCUCAUCUUGCAGACAGUGUUCAAAAUGGAAAGGGGAGGAAGUCUCUGGUUUCAUUGACAUUCUAGUACAAAAUUUCUCGUCAAUAAUAGAUGAAGCUGUAUAGAGUUGUCCCUUGUUAUUGACCAAAUAAUUGUGUGCAGGAAGUGAACAGUAUAUUCUAUCAUUAUAUUUGAAAAUAAAUUAUUCAUGCACUGCUACCUUCAGUUGAACUUGUUCAUUGGAUACAAAACGUUCUCGUUACACUUUCAUACUGGUUAAAAGAACUUGCAAGACAGACCUUAUGUAGAGUUCUGCUAGUCUGACUUGACAGUUUGUCAAACCAUUGGCUUGAGAAAUGUUCUAUGGCUUCCUAUAGUCCCAAAGCUACUAUGGAUCAUCUUAUAGAAAUGAAAUGAAUGCUUGUGUACUAGCUAUGAAAAUGUUGAAUUCAAUAGACCUACAAGUUUUACUUACAAGCAAUGUUGUUUUAGUAGUUUUAUCUGUUUUUAUAGUCACACUUUUAAACAUGGCACUGUAUGUCUACAAUCAUAGAUGUAAAUAGUUCUCAAAUCUGUAUGAAAUUUUUCCAUGUUAUAAUUCCUUUUUUAACUCUUUCAGUGCAGCGUUACUCUCAGCGAGUAACUUGGUUUAUAAUAUUUAUUUCACUAUCUUUUUUAUGUUAAACUUUUUAUUUCUCUAUUUUUUUUAACUUCCUAGAUGUGGGAGUGAUUGUUCUUUGUUUUGAUACUAAAUUCAAUGCAGUACCAACACUUUAAAAAAAAAAAAAGAUAACAUUAUGUUAAUGGUUCCUCUUUUUUACUUUAUUUCCCGGGACCCGAAAAAUGUAAAUAAUACAUUGUGUUAGUGCAUUUGUUCAUAUUAUAUUAAAUUUAAAGUGAUUAAAUAUGUUAAGUAUUGGGAUUUUAAAAAUAUUUAUAGAUUAAAUGUUUAAUGAAAAGGUUUAAUCUUUCAGUAUAUCGAUUUUUUAAUGAAUUUUAAAAAUAUUUUCUUUUUUCCGUACUCAGUUUAAAAUUAAUUUAAAAAAAUUUUGUUUGAAUACUUUAUUUAAUUUACUUUACUUUUGUAGUCCAUUCAUUUUCCUUUAAAAUAAAAUAAUAUGUAAGAUUAUUUAAUAAAAUAAAAAAGUUAUAGUUGUUUUAGUAACUCAACCCCCCUUGAAAAUUUGUGUUCAUUCCGCAAAACUCCCAAUUUUUCAAUAAAAAAAAUUUGCACUGAAAGAGUUAAAAUAUCUAGUCGAUGGUUUAAAAAUUAGGAAUGUUCACUCUAGGAGUCUUUGGCUUUAAAACCUUAAAAUCAAAUGUGUGUCUACAAAAAAUGUGUUGAAUAUUUAAUGUGAAUACUAAAAAAAAUAUUAUUUCACACUAACCUUGGCAUUGGCCUAAAAUGAAAGUAAAGUGCAAUCUGCGUCUGACAUUUGUAGGUACAAGUUCAAGGCUGUUUAUUAGACAAUUGUACUCACUUUGACAUUAAGUCUUUGUUUUAGGGAUGACUUUUUGUGUGUGUGUGUGAAACUUUUAAUGAUGUGAGACUUACUGAAAUAUAAGUGGUAGAAAAUUUUAUUUUGUAUUUAUGAUAAAUGGUAAGAUUUGUCAUUGUAACUAUUAAAUGUAAUAUUGACCCUAUUAACAAACAAAAUAAAAUGUUUGUAAAUAUUGUA